AGAAAAUACAAAGAUACUUAAAUUUUUUAGUUACACUUCUAAGAUAGGCACAUUCCAUGUUAAAAUAUUUUGGUCAGUUUAAGCAUGUGAUUUCUGUUUAUGUAAACUCAGAUCAUCUUCCAGAUUCAGUAGCAGAUAGAUUAUCUUUGUUUUCCUUGACAGAGAGUUCUAAUAGCAGGAUUUUAGCAUAACAACUCGGUUUUUUUUCAGCCUCCAUGAUCUUGAGAAAUAGAUUUUAUCUGGCAUGCUCUGUAAAUAUUUGAUUUUGUGGAAGAGUCAUCUUGCUUUGUCCGACUAGUACUGCCCUUUGCUUACUAUUAGCUUGCCAGAUACUUGUAGAUUUGCCUUCUGUGGCAGUUGUUUGAAAACAUACUUUUUGGGGAGAUUUUCUAUUGCAAGACAAUGGGCUUGAUCGCAAGACAGUCUUGUAUAAUUCCCAAAUAUAGAUAUAUAUUUUAAAUGUAUAUGCAAAAGCCCUAGAUUUUCAGUGGGAAAAAAAAAAAAGCAACCAUGAAAGUAGAGCUGCUGUUGGUUUAAAUAGAAGUUUUGAGCUUCAGAUGUGAGCUUGCUAUGUGUUUAACAUAUGAGAAUUUCUUUCAGUUGUGGUGUUAUCAAAAUGACAAUGAAAGUGCUCAGCACUGACAUAUUGUAGGGGUGACUAUGCAGUUUUUCAUACUGUGAUUCUAGGUUAAGAGUAAAGAGUGGAGUUUGGUUUUCUGUCUGCUUUCUUUACUGUCCAUUAGUGAUUAAUGGAAGACAAAAGGGAAAACAAUUUAGAGUGAAUACACUUAACUGCAGGUUCUGGUGCAGUUGAGCCAUGCAUUGCUGUACUGAGUUUAAUUUGAUUUCUUCAGUUUUAUGUAAAGAUGGCUGUUCAGAUCAUGUAGAAAUUCCACCUGGCUUGCAAUAAAUAAGGGGCAUACUCACUUCUCCCUGAAAUACAUGCACCAGUUUAAGUACCAGAAUCUUAAAGAAGAUGAAAAAAGAGCUAUGUGACAGUGCAUGUAAAGUAUUUGAUUAGUAAUGUUUACUUUUUUUUUAAUUCCAUCUUUCCAUUAUAAGGUAGUUGAUGGAGAGUAAAUUUGAUCAUUAGGUGGCUUUCUACUGUAGUAGAAAGUUCCUGAUAUUUGUGUGGACAUGAAAAAGUAUUCCUCUAAGAGAGAAGACGUAAACAAGGGAAGUGGGACAGGCACUGGCCUGAUUUUAGUGAAGGGGAUUUUUAUUUAUUUGUUUAUUUUUUUUAAAUAGAUGGCAUUUAAGGUUUCUCUUCCCCAAAGCAAUGGAUUUAGGAUCACGAAUGUUUAAAAUGGGAAUGAGACAUUGUUUUCUGGAAGAGACAGGAGCUGGUUUUGACUGUGCAUCAGCUACAGAUAGGUGAGAUCAAGGAAAAAGAGAGGGUUUUGUUGUACCUAGUUGGGUGUUUGCACAAGAAAUAUCAUGAGUACUUGAUGCAUGAUCUUCAGGGGUUGCAGGGAGGGAGGAAACCCCAAACCUGGCAGUCAGCAAAGAAAAGCCCAAAUCUAGAAGUUUCUUCAUCCACAUGAGAAGAAAUGGGGCUGAGGCUGUUUAUAAAAGAGGAUAGCAACAUCAGGAUUCUAGUCAUAAUCCCUUUAUGUUUCCUUGCAGAAGCCCUGAGGUCCAGUCACCUGUGCUAGCAGAAUGGUAUUAAGAGCAUAGUACCAAAAUUACUAAUUCAUCUUUCACCACCCCCCCCACCCCCCCUUUGCAGGUUGCUAACUAACUUGUGUCAGAAAAAUUUCCUCUGAAUCCUGUUAAAAGAUCUGACCAGAAUUACUGCUGGCUUGGAGAAGCUGAGUAUUUUGCUGUUCUUCUAAUGCAUAUAACUAAGUAUUCAGGCAGAUGGUGCCCUUACAGUCCUCUGUAGUCUAACAGGCGCUUCUGGUAAUGCCUAAUAGACAUGCCUGAAUGUGAGGUCUGAACGAAAUAGUGCCAGUUCAUUUCUUUAGUAAUUGUUUUGAGCAAAAGAAAAUAGGUGAUAGUGCUUGCCAUUUUGUGUCAUACCUUUGUGGUUAGAGCACUUAUCCAAGAAGUAGGAGUCAGGGUUCCAUGUUACUCUGUUACAUUUCAGCACAUUCCAAAACUUACAUGAGGAGUAAAUACUGGGGGGAGGGGGGGAUAUACUCUUCCCUUUUGCACGACUGUUGCCAGUAAGUGCCAAAGUUUCAUAGGGCUAAAAAGAUGGAUCAUCAGAGGUGAGUCUGGCUCAGUGACAAAGACUUCACCUAGGAGGGAGGCAAAUACAUGUCAUAUAAGACAUGUCUUUGUUUUUCUUGGGAGAAAGGAAAAGGUGAAAAAUUAUAUAUAACUUCUCACAGUCCAUUUAAUUUUUCUUAGUAUUGAUAGCAUUAUUGCAGUGAGUGCAGCCUUCUGAUUUGGAACUUUACCUGUCUGGAGAAAUUUCCUAUUCCUGCUUGUUUCCCCUGUGCAAGAAGUCAAGAUAGUUUACACUUGAAGGGUGCUUGGACAAAUUGAGUACACCUGUUAACUUGAGUCAAGCUGGAAUUCUUAUGAAAAGCUGAGCAUUUGCUUCCUGGCUUCUGGGAAAAGAUUCUGCUUUCAGGUUAUUGGAGAUGGUGAUUUGAAGAAUCAGGUUUCCGAUAUGAACAAAGUAAAAACAUCAUCUGAAAAAAGUGUUUCUACCAGUUCUCGGACUAUGUCUCUGCUAUCACAGCUGGAGAAGAUCAAUUUGGAUUCUGUACUAGGAGAAGCAGACAAUGCCAGAUAUGUUACUUCAAAGAUCCUUCAUCUGGUUCAGAGUCAAGAAAAAACCAAGAAGGAGAUGACUUCUAAGGGCUCCACUGGAAUAGAAGUUAUUUUGUCAACCCUAGAGAAUACAAAAGAUCCUCAAACUAUUCUAAAUAUAUUGAAUAUUCUCAUUGAGGUUGUCUCAGUUGGUGGUGGUCGGAGAGCAAACGUCUUAGUCACUAAAGGAGGGACACAGAUCUUAUUGCAGCUGCUUUUGACUGCCAGCAAAGACUCUCCACUAAAUGAAGAAUUAAUGGUGCUUCUUCAUACUCUUCUAGCAAAAAUUGGUCCAAAAGACAAAAAGAUCGGCAUGAAGGCAAGGAUUAAUGGUGCCCUAAACAUAUCAUUGAAUUUAGUGAAGCAGAAUUUGCAAAACCACAGGCUAAUAUUGCCAUGUCUUCAAGUAUUAAGAGUUUACUCAACAAACUCUGUAAAUGCAGUGUCCUUGGGAAAGAAUGGAGUAGUAGAACUGAUGUUUAAGAUCAUUGGCCCUUUUAGUAAAAAGAACACUAGCCUUAUAAAGGUUGCUUUAGACACACUUGCUGCAUUGCUAAAAUCAAAAACAAAUGCAAGGAGAGCAGUAGACAGAGGAUAUGUGCAGGUGCUUUUAACGAUUUAUGUUGAUUGGCACCGUCAUGAUAGUCGACACAGAUAUAUGCUGAUACGUAAAGGAGUUUUACAGUGCAUUAAAAGUGUUACAAACAUCAAAUUGGGAAGAAAAGCAUUCAUUGAUGCCAAUGGGAUGAAAAUUCUUUACAACACAUCACAAGAGUGCCUUGCAGUAAGAACUCUUGAUCCCCUUGUCAACACAUCCAGCCUAAUAAUGAGAAAAUGUUUUCCUAAAAAUCGUCUUCCUUUACCAACUAUUAAAAGUGCUUUCCAUUUCCAACUCCCAAUUAUUCCUGCCAGUGGUCCUGUGGCUCAGCUGUACAAUCUGCCUCCUGAUGUGGAUGAUGUAGUAGAUGAAAGUGAUGAUAAUGAGGAUGCUGAAACAGAAUCAGAAAUUGAAACCGAGAAUGAUGAUGACAAGGACCAACAUUUUAAGAAUGAUGAUAUUGAGACUGAUAUUAAUAAACUGAAACCUAGACAGGAAUUGGGAAGACCCAUAGAAGAACUGAAAAUGUAUGAGCAAUUUUUCCCAGAACUGUCAGAAAACUUUCAGGAAUGUGACUUAGUUUCCAAGGAACCAAAGCCUUUUGUACCUGAUGCAAAUCUGAGUGGACCUAUUGUUGUUCCUACAGCAGGAGAGGAGCACUGUGCUGAAUCAAACCAGUCAACAAAAGGAGUUGCAUUGAAGGAGAUCAGUCCUCUAAUGACAGAGGAAUACAAUAAAAGGCCAGCCUUUCUGGAACUACCAAAGAAAGAUAGUAUCAAAGACAGUAGUUUACAUGAGCAAAAUGAUCAAAGAAACCUGCUUCCAUCAUGCCACUGUCUAAGCCAAGAAAUUGUGAAAGGCUUAGACAGAAUCAGUCUGCAGAACAGUGCAAAGAAUGAUCAGUAUUAUGGUUCAGGAUGUGUAAUAAAGAUGGAAAGCAAAACUAGCCAUACUACACUUUCUUGUAGUAAACCUGAUGAACAUGUUUCACCCUGUGGAAGUAGCCUCUUUGAAGGAUCAUCUGUUCAUCUGGGAAAACUCUGCUGCACUGGAGUGGAUUCAGAGGAGGAGGAUUCCAGAUCUAGUUCAUCAGGGGAACAAGUCAUACUUGAGGUUUCUGAUGUAUCACCAAUUCAUGACUGUGAUCUUUAUAUUGAAAUGGUGAAAACAACAAAAUCUAUUCCCGAUUAUUCAGAAGUGGCCUAUCCAGAUUAUUUUGGCCAUAUUCCACCCCCAUUUAAGGAGCCUAUUCUGGAAAGGCCAUAUGGAGUGCAGAGGACAAAAAUCUCUCAAGAUAUUGAAAGACUGAUUCAUCAAAAUGACAUUAUAGACAGAGUUGUGUAUGACCUUGAUAAUUUGAGUUGUUCAGUACCAGAGGAAGCAGAUGUUUUGAAGUUUAAUUCCAAAUUUGAAUCUGGAAACCUGCGCAAAGUUAUUCAGAUCAGAAGAAACGAGUAUGAUCUAAUUCUGAAUUCAGACAUAAAUAGCAAUCAUUAUCAUCAGUGGUUUUACUUUGAAGUCAGUGGAAUGAAAACUGGCAUUGGUUACCGGUUUAACAUCAUCAACUGUGAAAAGUCAAACAGUCAGUUUAACUACGGUAUGCAGCCCCUCAUGUAUUCUGUUCAAGAAGCAUUAUGUUCUCGACCAUGUUGGACUCGUGUUGGGACAGAUAUUUGUUACUAUAAGAAUCACUUUUCAAGAAGUUCAAUUGCUGCUGGAGGUCAGAAAGGAAAAUCUUAUUACACAAUUACAUUCACAGUGACUUUCCAACAUAAAGAUGAUGUCUGCUACUUUGCUUACCAUUAUCCAUAUACAUACUCAACUUUAAAGAUGCAUCUUCAGAAGCUGGAAUCUAUGCACAACCCUCAACAGAUAUAUUUUCGACAAGAUGUUCUCUGUGAGACCCUGGCUGGUAACAGUUGUCCCUUAGUCACUAUUACAGCCAUGCCGGAGUCCAAUUAUUGUGAACACAUCCGUCAGUUCAGGAAUCGUCCUUAUGUUUUCCUGUCUGCUCGUGUACAUCCUGGAGAGACUAAUGCAAGCUGGGUUAUGAAAGGAACACUGGAAUACCUUAUGAGCAAUAAUCCAAGUGCCCAAUGUUUACGAGAAUCUUACAUUUUCAAAAUUAUUCCCAUGCUCAAUCCAGAUGGUGUCAUCAAUGGAAACCACCGUUGCUCUUUAAGUGGAGAAGAUUUAAACAGACAGUGGCAAAAUCCAAAUCCAGAUCUGCAUCCCACUAUUUACCAUGCUAAAGGGUUACUGCAAUAUCUGGCUGCUAUAAAACGUUUACCUUUGGUCUACUGUGAUUAUCAUGGUCACUCUCGUAAAAAGAAUGUAUUUAUGUAUGGCUGCAGCAUCAAAGAGACAAUGUGGCACACAAAUGUUAAUGCCGCCUCUUGUGACCUGAUGGAAGAUCCUUGUUACAGGGCACUCCCCAAGAUUCUGAGUCAAACAGCCCCAGCAUUCUGCAUGGGCAGCUGCAGCUUUGUAGUGGAAAAGUCCAAGGAAUCAACAGCACGAGUUGUUGUCUGGAGAGAAAUAGGAGUACAAAGGAGCUACACAAUGGAAAGCACGUUAUGUGGAUGUGACCAGGGCAAAUACAAGCGGGGUCAGUGGCAUGCUGUGAGACACUGUGCAAAUCGCUUCAACCCUCUCUGCCUCCAUUUCUCCAUCAGUAAAGUGAGGAUAAUUCUUCCUUUAUUAAUAAAGUGCUUUGAAACCUACAGCACAAAAGCAUUAUAAAAGAGGGAUUGCAGAUAGGGACAAGAGAACUGGAGGAGAUGGGAGCAAAAUUCUGUAUUGGCUUACUGCGUUUAAAAAGAAUGACCUCACCUUUGGAAUACAA